AAGAGUACAUUCAGUGUGCAAAAUGUCGGCUAGUCGUGUUAUAUGGAGUAUAAUUACCUGCUCUUUCCUCACGCUUGCCAUUAGAGGGCAGGGAAUGAUCGGCACAGGAAAGUGGACAUUGGUGGUGGCUCAAAAUUGUUCGAGAGACGCGGAGAUGCCACACAAGAUGUAUUUGCACAAACGCAAGCUAAAUCGCACACACGUCGCCUUUGAUUUGGGUGCGACUAUUCCAGUAGUCAUCGACAACUCUAUUGCUGUUCGCGUAGAUAUUAAAAGGAAAGUGGACGGUGCUUGGAAACAAUACAUGAUUUGGGCAGAUGACUGCCUGCCAUGUGCGUGUAAACAAUUUGCCGGAAAAAAUAUGAAGAGAGGGUUCGAAGCCGCUGGGAUAGAUCCGCCAGACUUCCCUAUCCCUGAAGGACGAUAUGACAUCCAUCAGUUUGUCGUGGAUAGUAACGGGCUUCCCAAGUUCGGCAUGUGGGGGGAAUGGAUGGCGGACGCCUAUGUAGUGAAGGACGGAAAGGACAUGGCUUGCCAGCAGGUAGUGAUGACGUACGAAAAGACGGAUUUCUAUUAAAUUACAACAAUCCGGCAGCAACAAGAGGA